CGAUAAACGAUAGCCGUGUCCGAUUGAGUACAAAACAUAAACAUUGCGUUCACACAAUAAUUUACCUGCGCAUCUCUAUGUAAAUACAUGGUUGUAGUAUUCGCAUGGAAUAUUUCUUUUAUACGAUAAAAAUUCAAGUUUUUUUUAUAUGCCUCGUUUUGUUUUGUGAAGAGCCAACUAUGAAUGUAGUUAGAUGAGAAUUGUUGCAUGCGGUAGAAAUGCGGUAUAAAACUAAUAACCGCAUUUGAAAUGGAUGGUUAUUUGUCAAACGUUUGCAGAUAUGAUAAUUGCGGAAAGACGUUUGAUAAUAUUCAUAAUUUAAUAUUGCACAUUGAGGCAGUUCAUAUAGAUUUUGAUGCAGAUCAAGAUGAAAUCAAGAACUACUUGGAAUCUGACGACGACGAGUUUCCUACCAAAGGCAUCCCCAUGAGUUUAAUUUUACAAUAUGGCAAGGAUGAGGACAUAGCUGAAGUCAGAAAAAAGGAGGAGCAAUGUUUGAAGAACAAUGAGUUCAAAAAUGAUGAUGUUUCUCUUUUGGUCCACGACACAACAACGGAUCGCCCGUUAAAGAGGCCGAUAAGUAAAGCAUACUGGUAUGGUCCUGAUAUGAGCCCGCCAGAACCGAUUCAGGAUUGCGAUACAAAGAGUGUGAUGAAUGCGGUAAAGAUUAAAAAAUACGCUUGUCCCGUGCGGGGUUGCACUAAAAGCUACAAAAAUCCUAAUGGGAUGAAGUAUCACGUGAUGAAUUCCCACGAUCUGAACGGCAAUUUUAUCAAACCAGUUAAAGAAAAAAAGGAGUACAAGUGUAGCUACUGUAGCAAAGAGUACAAGACAUUUCGGGGACUACAGACUCAUAUUCAAGCACAUCAACAACCCUCGCCACAACCUCAAUCCGAGAUACAACCUUCUUUGAUCAUGCAGCAUCACGGAGUACCAUAUUAUCCGAAUGUAGAACCGUCACACUUAUAUGAUCAAGAUCAUAUGAGGCAACAAGCAAAUAUUUCCCAUGGACUUCCUAAUGUGACAUCUGCAAAGUUCAAAAGAGAUUAUUUCCUUCACAAACGCUAUUUAAAGAAUAAUGAUGGAAUAGAUUACCCAGGCGAACAUUUCCAAUCAUCAAUGCCAUCAAGUUAUAAUUCUACUUCAACUGCUGCUAAUGAAUAUUUCAAAUCAAGGCAUUUUGAUCCAGUUGUCAUGCGUAGGAAUCCAUACUUGAGUAUUGAAGGACCAGUUGCUUCACAACGCAUGAUGCUACAGCAUCAGUUGACUAGUCCAGGGGCUUCAAAUGUGCUCCACAAACAGACGUGUGACGGUCCUCCCGCCGCUCAAGGAUCUUCCACAUGUGAGGAAUACUAUCCAAUUUCAAAUCAUGCAGACGCAGGUUCAAAUGUUGGUCCACGUAGAGCAGUACCUAAAUGGGUUUAUGAUAAGUCUGAUUAUUAUGGUGGAUCUAAACAAAAUUGUGAAGAUAUUGCCAGUCACCAGGAUAACUACGUCGAAUAUAAUCCAAUGAACAUGCAUAUAGCUCAGUUAAAGAAUCAAAUGAUUCAACAACACAUUUACGAAAGGCAGGGAAUGCCACGAGUUGCAAAUCAUACUGAGGAUAAUGAUUGUAUUCAUGAACGAUUGAAUAUAAGGAGGAAUCUUAGUCAGCAUCUUCAAAAUGUUCCGAAUUAUCAUCAGUUGGAUACUAUUAAAAGGAAAAGAAUUGAUUUCGAAGAAACAGCAGAAGCGCAGUACAAGCAAAAAGAGCCGCGGACUGGUGAUAUUUAUGAUUAACACAUAAAUAGUCGUUUAAUUAAGAAUUUAUUUAUUUUUGUUAAAUUUUUGAGAGAAUACGCUUAUGUUUUUAUGAAUAUAAAAAUGAAACGCA